AUGACCGUCAUCGAAGCUGACUCUCAGAGCGUGCAACCUCUUACUGUGAAUGAAAUUACUAUCUUCGCGGGUCAACGAUAUUCUUUUAUUCUUUAUGCCAAUAAUCCGGUCGGAAACUACUGGAUUCGGUCGCAGCCUACAUACCCAGAUGAUGGGAUACAAGGCUAUGCAGGAGGCAUCAACUCUGCCAUACUACGUUACUCUGGAGCCCCCGCAGUCAAUCCAACGACAAAAAAGGCUUCCAUUACUAUUCCUUUGGUUGAAGCAGAUCUACGGCCUCUCUAUAGCCCGGCCGCCCCGGGCCUUCCAUCUCCAGGAGCUGCCGACGUCAACAUCAAGCUCGAUAUUUCUUACAACUCACCUUCCGAGACGUUUUUCGUUAAUAAUUUCACCUUCCCAGAAGUCCCGGUUCCAGUGUUGCUCCAGAUACUCAGCGGAGCCCAGUCAGCAAAUGAUUUGCUCCCCGCCGGAUCGGUUUAUACUCUCCCCCCUAAUAAAGUCAUAGAAAUAUCUAUGCCCGGUGGAAGGCCCGGAAGCCCACACCCUAUGCAUUUGCAUGGCCACGAUUUCUCCGUCGUGCGAAGCGCCGGCAGCAAUCGGUACAACUAUGCCAAUCCUGUCAGGCGCGACGUAGUGAACAUAGGAAGGGAAGAUACGGACAACGUUACCAUACGUUUCAAGACCGACAAUUCCGGCCCUUGGAUCCUGCACUGCCACAUAUUCAUGCCCUGA